GGGUUUCCACGUGGUGUGUCUUGCGGGCGGUUCAGCCGGGACUCACAUCCCCACCCCUGAGCCAUGGCCAGUACCGACGCUCUGGUGCCACCAGAUGUGCAGGAAUUCCUCCUGGAUCAUCCGGGGCUGCAGUUGUGCCCUGGCGGGACCAAGGUAAGGUGCAAAUUGACAGGCCAUGAAUUGCCCAGUCGACUUUCUGACCUUCAGGCCUAUACCAGCGGUAAGAAGUAUCAGCGACUGAUUCGCACCGCCCAGACCUUUGACUAUGAAGACUUUGAGCCACACAUCAUGCCCAGCACCAAGAAUCCGCACCAAAUGUUCUGCAAACUUACUCUUCGGCAUAUCAACCGGCUUCCAGAGCACAUCCUACGUCAUGUUCAAGGCAGGCGCUAUCAAAAGGCUCUGCACAAAUAUGAAGAAUGUCAGAAGCAGGGUGUAGAAUAUAUUCCUGCCUGCUUGCUACAAAAGAAAAGGAGACAAAAAGACUUGAUUGAUGGUGACCACCAUUCCCGAAAAAAGGAGGAUUUCUGGAAGCCUGAUUCCAGUGACGAAGAAGACGAAAGUGAUGACAGCAUGACUGACUUAUACCCACCUGAGCUGUUCACCGAAAAGAACUCAGGUGAGAAUGGAGAUGACUCAAGGAACCACUUGACAGACACUGAAGAUAAUACACAGCCUUCAAGAGAGAAUGGCAUUAACAGUAGAGGAGAGAAGAUGGAGGUGGACAGGCCAAUGUGCAGGAAGAGAACAAAGAAGUCGGCUUCAAUGAAGUUCAAGAAUCACCACCAAAAACCCAAGCGCUUCAAAAGAGGAACAGAAACAGAAUAACUUUUUAUAUAAUUGAAAUAAUAAAGCUGAUGAAUAAA